UGCACGUUUGCUGUUGAUUUGAAAAUAAGUAUUUUAAAAAACUUAAUGAGUUUACAAAUCUGUCUCAUUGAUUGCAUUUAAAUACAAUAUGAAGUCAGAGCAAUGUUCGAUAAUUGUAACGUGCAUAUUGUGUUUUAUGGAGAUAGGUGUUCAGUUUUGUUUUGGAGCAAAUGGAUGCUACUAUGUCAACAACACAUUCUUCGAACGUAAUAACGGAUCGGUCAAGACUGGAAACCAGAUGCAAACAUGUGCCAAACAAUGUCUGGCUCAAAGAUAUGGCUACUUUGCUUUACAAGAUAUAAAAUGCUACUGUUUGGAUAACCUACCGGAGGUGCGUGUCUUAGGUGGAAAAUGUACAUAUUCCUGUCCUGGAAACAACCUGGAAACGUGCGGAGGGCCGAACACCUUAACAGUCUAUGAUGCUUCAAACAUUACCUGUCUGCUUCUACAAGGAUCCAGUCCCAUUAUGUCCAACUGUUCAAAGAAACAUGACUGUAUUUGCCAAACAGAUGAAAACAGGUUAGCUGUUUAUGUCCCGGUCAGUGUUACUUUGUGCGUCAUUGUUGCCGUCGCCAUCAUUGUAGCGUUUUACCUAAGGCGAAAACGUGGAAAGAAAAAAGCUGAGCUUCAAACCAUUAACUUGUCCCCUAUAGAACAAAUCCAUCCAGAAUGCGAACUGGGUGAAUAUACUGAGAUUCAACAGCUACCAGAAUCUGCGGCUAACAUGAAGGCAGCGGGCUCUGAGGUGAGCGGCCACGGGUACAACACUCUACACCAGCAGCUAGAGCCAGCCUACUCGGAUUCAAGGGAAGACUUAUACAACAAGACCGAGAAACCCUCAAUAGAUAACGGGCAGUACAACGUCUCCUCCGUGUCUACUUUCAGCACGAAGUGCGCAAUUAAAACGCAAGCAAUGACCGACAAUGUUUACAAUACUUUUCUAUCGCCUGACGGGCGCUAUGGCGAUUACGACAGUCAGUAUGAUGUCUCGUCUGCAUCCGCUCUCAGCAAGAGCUCCGGUAAAUCUAACGGUCAAACGGACAAUGUUUACAAUACUUUCCAAACGCCCAACGACACAGAAUACUCCGAGACGAAUUUUCAUAUCAAAGGGAAAGAAACGUUGCCGACAGACAAUGAAUACGGUGUGGCCAAAAGACACAUCUAAUAAUGUAAACUUUUAGUUUUGAGUGACAACACCAUUCAUUCAGCAGCUUUACAUUUAAACUUAAAAUCAACGAAUUGGACGUUUUGCCUCUCAAAAGCGACCAUAACUUGAUAUCAUAUUUUGUAUAAAAGGAAUUCGACAUGACCUUCACCUUUAACUCUUUAGGCCCCAUAUACUAACCAUGAUCAAUACUCCUAUUAAGUCUAAGAACCGUAGGGUGAAAAUUUUUAGAAAAACAAAUUGAAAUCAAGGUCUCAACAAAUUUGACCUAUUGGCCACAUAAUCAAUAGGGUUUAUCCACUGGACAUGAUCAUUACUCCUUUUCAGUUUAAGGAUAGCAUGUGUCCUCAAUAUAUUGAACAAAAACUGUUCCUUGGACCACGGCCGUGACCUCUGAGGAACUUGGCUUAACAUUCAAAAUGGCCAUCUGCUGGUUAGACCUAUACUCCUACUAAGUUUGACGACAGCAGGGUUAAACGUUUUGUAGAGUCUAUUCACAAAUGCAUCGAGGCAUCGAGUAUAUAGUGUUGUUUUUACAAUGACUAACACAAUAACAUAGUGAUCGAGUACUAUACUAGAUAUACAUACAUACAUACAUAGUUAUCUAACAAUAUAAAUUGAUUAAAGAUUCCCUACGCCUUGUGCAAUCAAAACAUGGUUAAGCCCCAAUGAUUGAAGUGAAUGUCUUACUACGUAAGCCCACGAUCUAGAAUUGGGGUAAUUAUCUUAAUCACUUUUCAUUUCAUUAUAUUCAUAGUAUUCAUUAUAUACUGUUGUAACAUAUUUAAUAUUCUCCAUGUGAAUAAUCAAUCUUCAGCCAGUAUUGUAUCGCAUUUGUAGAACGUUUGGUCAAUAAUGUUGUUCUUCCUACUUCCCCAUCUACAAAACUAUUUUGUAAUCCCCACACUUUUGAACCAUAUAAAGCAAUGCAGUAUUGUAGUAAAAAUCAUCACAUAUACAUCAUUAUAUACAUGACAAAAUUGUCAUAAUUGAAAGCAUUUGCUCAUGUGAUAAUUAAAUGCAACAUGGUAUUCAUAAGUGUGCAAUUAACAUUUCAAAUUGGCUGAACUUUUUAUGGUGAUUUAAGUGUUUUCUAGAUUGUGAUUUAAGUGUUCAUGGACUUUGGAUGUUUCCUAUUUUCCUAUCACAUCAAUCGAGGGCAUCUCAUAUGAACUUGUUUGUUUACAUCGGUUGUAACCCGUGGUUACCCAUAUGAGAACCCCUUCGAAAUCACGUGGUUCCUCACCCUGUUUGAAUAUAAUGUUUCUCUCCACUAUUAUUUUGCUGUUUUUUGAUAAGUAUUGAACUACAUUUACUGAAUGCACUUAUGAUAUUUUUCUAUUAGAUUGUAUAUUAUUUCGGUGUUGAAAUGAUUCGUUUUAAGCUAUGCAUCGGAAAGAUGGUUUAUUACAUAUAAAUAACAGAAUUAACAUAAUGAAUAUUACAGAACAGUUCCGUUCAAAUAUAUAUAUUAAUGUUUAAUGCACCUUUUCUGAUUGCAUAUGUGUUGUCUACUGGUGUUAUUGUUUCUUGCUCACUAUGCAUAUAUUAUUUCAAUGUAUUUAAUUUCCGUUUUGGAUAAAUAUGAGAAACAAG